AUGCACUACACCACCAGCCUCGCCGUUGCUGCCCCACUGGCGGCCAUUGCUCUGUGCGUGUGCGCCGGUGUAAAGGAUGGGUCGGCGCACUCGCUUUUCUUUGCUGCAUCAACGUUCUUCAGCGGCGUCGUCAUGUGGCUGCGCUCCCGCUACAUCGCCACCCUGUACCUGAACGAGCUUCAGGCACGGAGGCAGCACUUCACGGACUCCUUGCGUCAGCGAUUCGGUGACGGCGGUGCCGCUGCUGCGGCGCGAGGGGCUAGCGCUCAGCAUGAUGACGGCCGAGCUGCCGAGGCGUAUGCGGCGCCCCCGCCUGUGUCACGGCCGCCGCGGACCGUGGCGCGUGUCUCACCUGUGCUGCCAGCCUUCCUGGCGUGCUGCUUGCUUUUGAUAAGCAUCCUCUCCACCAUCUCCGCCGCCCUGCACGCCAUCUGGUAUGUGCGAAGCCUCGAGGUGGAGCAGGCGUGA